GUCGGCUCUUCCAUUUCCAUUCCCAUCCGGUUCAUCUUUUCUGUUUAUCUUUCAGUUCUCCCAUUCACUUCAAUUCUUGAGUAACUGUACACAUUCCCUUCGAAGCAUCCUAAUUGUCGGCCAGUACGACAGCAGCGCUAGACGCCUUCAUAUAUACCAUCAACAACCUCACAUUCGUUAAGAUCAGGAUCUUCCUUCAAUAAACCGUCAAUAUGCAAUUCUUAACUUUCGCGCUGUCUGCUCUGAGCAUUGGCUCUGCUCUCGCAACAACCACCUCCUCGGCCCCCUCCUCUGCCAGCACCUCAACAGGCCAAGUCGUCGUGCACGCCGUGAAAGUCGGCAGCGCAAACGGCUCCCUCACCUACUCGCCCAACAACAUCAAAGCCGCCGUCGGCGACAUGGUGCAGUUCCAGUUCGCGCCCAACAACCACACCGUGACACAAUCCACCUUCGCGCAGCCCUGCCAACCCAUCUCCUUGAACUCACCCGGCACAACUGGUUUCUUCAGCGGUUUCAUGCCCGUAGCGAGCACCGCGACGACAACGCCGACGUACACGAUCAUGAUCAACACCACGAGCGCGAUUUGGAUUUAUUGCUCGCAGGGGAUGCAUUGUCAGAAGGGGAUGGUAAUGGUGAUUAAUGAAGUCGCAUCCUCAAACAAAACCCUUGCUGCCUUCAAAGCCCUCGCCGCCCAAGCAACCGCCAAUCUUCCCGGCACCGCGACAUCCGGUUCGUCCGGGACAUCCGGCACCUCGGGCACGUCCGGCUCGUCCAGCACUCCAGGCUCCGACUCGGGCUCGGCCUCCAGCACGACAUCCGCAGGCAGCGCCAAGUCGACGACAUCCGGAUCGUCAGUCGUACGGGCGAGCCUUAUGGGCGGUGUUGUGGCGAUGUUUGCUGUGCUUCUGCUAUGAAUUAUUUGAUGGAGCAGAGCUCUUGUUCUAUUCAGCUGCUCAGUUUUGAGCGAGUGGAAAAAGUUGAGGAACUAGUGGUGGUG